AUGAUGUCUAGCAGGAGAUCGCAGGGAUGCUGCUGCUUGUCCCAUUUCAACAAGGACAAUGGCAGAUUCCUCCUCUUAGCGGUCCUGAUCGCAGUUUAUCUGGCAGCUGGAGCUACGGUGUUCUCAGCCCUCGAGAGGCCGUCCGAAGUCGAGGCUCAGCAUCGCUGGAGCAGGACCCUCCAAAACUUCAGCCAAAUAUUCAACAUCAGUAUGCCUGAGCUAAGGGACUUCCUGCGGAGUUAUGAAGCAGCCAUGGCCGCGGGCAUCCGGGCAGAUGCACUAAGACCAAGAUGGGACUUCACUGGGGCUUUCUAUUUUGUGGGGACAGUAGUGUCAACUAUAGGUUUUGGAAUGACCACACCUGCAACAGUGGCUGGAAAAGUGUUCCUCAUAAUUUAUGGCCUAUUCGGGUGUGCUGGGACUAUCCUUUUCUUCAACCUGUUCCUGGAGCGUAUUAUCUCUCUCCUGGCUUUUAUCAUGAAGGCUUGUCGUGAGCGGCAGCUGCGAAGAAGUGGUCUUCUACCCCCUAACUUUCGAAGGGGAUCAGCUAUCUCUGAAGUGGACAGCCUUGCUGGAUGGAAACCAUCAGUUUAUCACGUGAUGCUGAUUCUGGGAAUUUUUGCCAUUACACUGGCUUGCUGUGCCUCAGCAAUGUACACAGCAGUGGAAGGAUGGAACUACAUUGACUCCUUAUACUAUUGUUUUGUCACCUUCAGCACCAUUGGCUUUGGAGAUUUGGUAAGCAGUCAAAAUGCAGUGUACCAAAAUCAGAGAUUAUACAGAUUUGGAAACUUCAUGUUUAUAUUAAUGGGUGUAUCUUGCAUAUACUCCCUUUUUAAUGUCAUAUCAAUUGUAAUCAAGCAAGUUUUAAACUGGCUGUUGAAAAAGUUUGGAUGCAGGUGUUGCUCAAAGUGCCAUAAAUCAAGUGCCCGCCUUGGUCGUCGCAAUGCCAUCACCCCAGGAAGCCGCUUCCGUAGGCAUAACAUCUCUGUGGAAACCGAUGGACAGUAUGACAGUGACACAGAGGGGAGGAGGCUUUCUGGUGAAAUGAUUUCAAUGAAGGAGCUCACAGCAUCAAACAAAGUCUCCCUGGCCAUUUUGCAAAAGCAGCUGUCUGAGAUGGCCAAUGGGUACCCUAGAAACGUCAGUAUGAACAGCAGACAAAAUGGCUUCUCUGCAGGCAUUGGUGCACUAGCUAUCAUGAACAAUAGGUUGGUAGAAACAAGUGAUUCUAGGUAG